AGCAUUUCACGAAUUGUUUCUUUAGAGAAGUUCACAAUUUUUUUAGGCUUUUAGAGAAGUUAACAUUUUUUUUGAGACGAGAGAAGUUAACAAAUUGUUGUGAUAGCACAGAUAUUUUUAUACGGCCUGCGGCGUAGCCAUUCAGUAGCCCAACAAGGCCCAAUCCAGCGCCAGCCCACGCACACCACUAGCCAGCCCCCGUUUCCAGUCCAGUCCAUUCCAAGUUCCCGACCGGAGAAGCCAGCCAGCCACGCGCCGCCGCUGCUCAGCUGCUCGCCUGCCCCGCCUCCCCGCUGCCUGCUGCUCCCGCGCCGCGCGCCGCCGCCGCUCUCCCCAGUCACCGACUCUCCCGCUCCGGCCCUUUCAACAUCCCACCAGCACAGCACAGUCGGCAGCAGAGCUAGCGAGUGAGUGCAGUGGGGACUGGGGAGUACAAUGUCGCUGGAAUCCGACGGCGCCGCCACCGCGAAGAGGCCGCGGCUGCCGGCAGAAGAUCCAUCCAGCCAUUGCGAGGCUGCGGAGGCAGCCGACCGCAUCUCGGCGCUACCGGAGGCGAUGCAGCUGCACAUCCUGUCCUUGCUCCCGCUGCCGUCGGCAAUCCGCACGGGGGCGCUCUCCCGCGCCUGGCGCGACCUCUGGAAGCGCCGCUGGCAGGACGACGGGAACGCCGCCGCCUUCCUCCACCACCACCUCCGCCCCUGCUCCUCCCCGUCGUCCAAGAAACUGCUCGAGUGCCUCGAGCUGCGCCAAUCCCAGGGGCGGCGCGGGCGCCUCGACCGCUACUCGCUCGUCGCCGACAACCCCGCCAUGGGCGCCCGCCAGUUCGGCCGCUACCUCGACGCCGCCGCCCGCUGCGGCGUCGAGGACCUCCGCGUCGAGCUGCCGGAGAAGCCGCCCUCCCCGGCCACCCCCCAGAAGGCCACCCUCCGCUUCCCCUUCCCGGCGGCGGCCGGCCCCUCCCUCGUGCGCCUCUCGCUCCGCGGCAUUGGGCUCUCCGGCCUCCACAGCAGGGCCGCGCGGCAGUGCUCCGCCCUGGAGGUCGUCCGCCUCCACUCCGUCCCCGUCGACGACAGGGGUUUGACGAGGAUGGUCGCCCUGUGCCCUCGCCUCCGCGUCCUCGGCCUGCACUCCUGCUCGGCCCUCCGUCGAAUCGCCGUGACGGCGGCGACGGGGCGCAAACUGAGGAGCGUCACCAUCGCAGGGUGCAGCUGGCUCAUUGAGGUGGACGUCGCGGCGGUUUCUAGCCUCCGGUCGUUUCGCUACAGCGGCGGUUUCCUCUCGUCGUUCUAUCUCCCCGACAACGCCGCAUUCGCCGACCUCUACAUCUGCUUCGACGCCCAGAGAAGCUGCAAUGUCCGCAUCUGCCAAAAGGUGUUCAGCGACUGGUUCGAAAGCCGUGUAUGCUCCAAACUCACCGCGCUCACCAUCUGCAGCAAUGUCCUCUUUGUUGUGUCUUCCUUGCCGAAUGGAAUCUCGCAUGCCGAAUCGGCCAAGAUGGGCGGUGACUUCUUUCGGAGCAUGACAGAACUACAAUUGCUUAUGUUAGAUAUGAAGGCCCCUGAGCUUGCGAACAUCUAUGUGUUCCUCAAGAACAGCCAUUGCUGUAAUCUGGAGAGGCUUUUCUUGCAGCUCCCUAGCAUCCCCACUGAGCCCUCAGUGGAUUCAAUUGACCAUGUGGGGGUAGAGCCGCCAGAGGAUGUUUUGGAAAACCUUAAGGUGGUAAAGAUUACAAACUUCAACUGGAACCGCAUUGAGCUGCAGCUAGUGUGUUUUUUGUUGAGGAAGGCUAGCUCUCUCCAUAAACUGCUACUGGUUACUCCCAGUUUGGUUCCAUUGGAUGUGACCGGUAUUCAGAAGGCAGAUCUCUUACUUGUUCGAGAAGCUGUGGUGAAUGGAAAAAUAAUUCUCAGCAAGUUGGACGAUGCUGCAACCCAGCCAUUUCAUUCGGAUGUCUUUGCCGAAGUUUAGUUGCCAGUCACAAGUCCAAUUAUGGCCCUAUAGCUUGUUAUAUUGUAGCACCAGGCCUGCCUUUUGACUGCUAUGACAUAUUAAGGAUUAGCAUAUGAUAUUGAUGUAGUAGGCUAUCAAUGAGGCAACUCAUCAUGCUAAUUUGUAUGCAACAAGUACUACUUCUGAAUGGGACAUAAUGUCCUGCUAGAUAUAUAUAAUGUUAUUCGUGUUUAAAACUAAA